GGAAAAUUCCGCUGUUCCCGUGUUUGUUUUCGAGGCAUCCAUCAACUCUCACGGCGUGGAUCUGACGACUGUAGCAUACAAUGGCCUGAUAGUCGAUAGCCUUGACUUUCCCGCCGGCAUCUGGUGGCGAUGGAUUCAGUAGCGAAGAGAAGGCGGCUCACGUCCACAGAGGUGAGGGCAGCACUGCCUUGACGAGCCAAACCUGUCCAUUCAAUGCAUGUGUCGUUCCAUUCAUCCAUCGUUCAGUCGGAGUCAGUCGCUGCGGUGCUGUGUGGCGUUGAGGACAAGUACGAGCAUGUGUUGCAGGAGAUCAAGGCACUGCGCCGACAGUUGAGGAGCGAGUAUGGGCAGACGGCCGUUGCUGCAUCCAUGGAUUGGGGUCUUUCAUGACUUCUCGGUGUACAGGCCGGUGAUGUGCUGGCACUCAAGCAGCGGCGGGAGCAGGCCGUCGGCAACGACAUGUGCCCGAACGUAGCUAAGGUGACCUACAAGAUGACACACCGACCACGGGGACGAGAUAUAAUUGCCUGCGCACAUGCGUAUCUUCUUAUGUGCAGAUGGUGUUUUUGGACUAUGAGAGGCUCAAGGUCCUGCUGUCCAAGAUAGCCCCAGCCGAUACCCCGCCCAGCACACAGGACAUCCUCAUCGGUAUCGCACAGCAGAAACUGACUGCGAUGACACACAACCUACGCCUAGAUGUAAGCAGCAACACAAACCGAUGGAUACACAUGCACAGGUUGGGCAGCCCUGUCACUUUUGUGCUCCGCGUGUUGUGCUCUGUUCAGUCGUUGGCCCCUUCGCUGCUCACCCUCCCUGACGCGCUGCUGUUUGACCGACUCGGCCCCCUCGUCGGCACCGAGUCCAUCAUCGGCGGCCUGGCACGGGCCCACUCGUCGUUCCUUCGUCCCUCCCACGACCCCGACAUGCACACCACCGUCACCUUUAUGGCCGACCGCGCCAUCCACCCCACCGACAAGCAACUGGAGGCAUGGGUGCCCCGGCUGGCCAAGACGUCGCGGGCGGUUGUGCGGUGUCACAUGACCAUGGGGAUGGUGAACCUUCUUGAGUGCAUUAGCGAGACCCUCGAGAGUCUGGAGGCGGACAGCACAUCAACAGAGCCACACGAGAUCGAUCUUUUGGAUCUGAACAGCGAAAAGGAGCCGAUAUUCCCCCGGUUGAAGACAGUAGCAGUGGGCGGGCGGUGGGCGUGGGUCAAGGAGCAGCGCUACUGGGACCUACGGUGCGUGAGUCUUACAAAACACAAUUCAGCCAGAGAGUCUGGUACUCCAGACAGACAGGCACCGAUUGAACACUCCCUCUUGUCUCUGUGUGUGCGCCACAGGUCGCUCGAGUGUCUGAAGCUGCGCAAGCAGAGCAUGCAGGAGAGGAUCGCCCACAACCACGAAUUCGACCCCGACAGUCGCUACGGGGAGCUCUGAC